AUGGCGUACAACCGACUCGGCAGUCCGCAGCGAGACGGGCCUUAUUCUCCAUCGGCCAACCCUCAGUACGAUUCCCGAUCGCCCUCUCCCGGUCGGCCGUUGCAGCCGUACGCACAUCCUGAGGAAUCGUAUUCCAGACAACUACAGCCUCUGCAUUUGCAAAUGCCAACAGCCUCCAAUGAUCGACUGGCAAUACAGCCAACAUAUUCGGUAGAAAACGUUCAUAACUCGCAUGGCCACAACCAGCAGUAUGAUCAGCAAUAUCCUGCGGCGGGAGACAUGGGGUAUGGGAGGAAUGAUUAUAUCGUGUCGCCAGAGGAACACCAUGAUGCAUAUUAUAACCAACCCUACUCCCCCCAUCCACAAGGCGAUUAUGCGUUAGAUCCCUACCCGACUCCUGGUGAACCCUACCGGAGCGAUCAUGAUACUGCACCUAUUCUACAACCAGAUUCCGCAUACGGGCCUGAUCCUCAUUCCCAACCUGGAAUGGACUACGACGGCUAUCAUGAUGAACCUCGUCAUGACGAACCUCGCCCUACCCCUUCCCCGGCGCCAAUUCGCAGAUGGAAGACUGUCAAGGAAGUACAACUGUUCAACGGUAAUCUCGUCCUCGACUGUCCUCUGCCCCCGAAAUUCCUCGCACAAGUUCCCCAUGCGCAGCCACCUGAAAGAGACGAAUUCACGCAUAUGAGAUACUCGGCAGCAACUUGUGACCCUGCAGACUUCUACAAAGAACGAUUCACACUUCGCCAGAGGCUAUUUGCCAAGCCUCGACAGACGGAGCUUUUCAUCGUCGUAACCAUGUACAACGAGGAUGAGUUCCUGUUUGCACGUACAAUGAUUGGUGUCUUCAAGAACAUCGAGUACAUGUGCAGCCGUACGAGCAGCAAGACCUGGGGCAAAGAAGCCUGGAAGAAAAUCGUGGUUUGCAUUGUCAGCGAUGGCCGUGCUAAGAUCAAUCCUCGAACCAGGGCAGUCCUAGCUGGCCUAGGCGUUUACCAGGACGGCAUCGCCAAGCAACAGGUCAAUGGAAAGGAUGUCACAGCACAUAUUUACGAGUACACGACUCAAGUCGGGCUAGAACUCAAAGGUACGCAGGUGUCGUUGAAGCCAAGGUCGGCCACGCCUGUACAACUACUCUUUUGUUUGAAGGAGAAGAAUCAGAAAAAGAUCAACUCACAUCGAUGGUUCUUCCAGGCCUUUGGUCGAGUGCUGGACCCAAACAUCUGCGUGCUCAUCGAUGCUGGAACCAAGCCCGGGAAGGACUCGAUCUAUCAAUUGUGGAAAGCUUUUGACUUGGAACCUAUGUGUGGCGGAGCUUGCGGCGAAAUCAAGGUCAUGCUGGAUCAUGGCAAAAAGCUCUACAACCCACUGAUUGCCACCCAAAACUUUGAAUACAAAAUGUCAAACAUUUUGGACAAGCCACUCGAAUCCGCCUUCGGUUUCAUCUCGGUGCUUCCUGGUGCCUUCUCGGCAUAUCGGUAUGUGGCUCUACAGAAUGACAAAAAUGGCGAAGGGCCUCUUGAAAAGUAUUUCAAGGGCGAGUUCAUGCACGCUGAAGCAGGUGUCUUCACCGCCAACAUGUAUCUUGCCGAAGACCGCAUUCUCUGUUUCGAGCUGGUCAGCAAGCGCAACUGUCGCUGGAUUCUGCAAUAUGUCAAAUCAGCCACAGGUGAGACCGAUGUUCCGGACAAGAUCCCCGAGUUCGUUCUGCAACGACGACGAUGGCUCAACGGCUCAUUCUUCGCGGCGGUCUACGCUGUUGCACACGUGUAUCAGCUUUGGCGCAGUGAUCAUAGUGCUAUACGGAAGUUCAUGUUCUUGAUCGAGUUCACCUACCAGACGAUUAACAUGUUGUUUGCGUGGUUUGCCAUUGGCAACUUCUUCCUGGUUUUCCGACUCCUCACCUCGUCCUUGGGGUCGCCCGGACCUCUUGGUAGAGCAGGAACCAUUCUCGGCGUCGUCUUCGAAUUCGUCUACCUGGGUACACUUCUCUACUGCUUCAUCCUUUCCAUGGGAAAUCGACCGACUGGCUCCAAAAAGUCCUACCUAAUGAUGGUCAUCUUUUGGUCACUUCUCAUGUGCUGGUUGACUUUUGCUUCGAUCUUCUUGACGGUCAGGUCGAUUCAGAAUGAGGUCCAACAAAAAGACUUUAGUUUCUCCACCAUUUUCAAUAACAGCACAUUUUUUGGUUUGAUUGUUUCACUGGCAAGCACCUACGUCCUUUGGUUUGUGGCGAGUUUCUUGUUCUUCGACCCUUGGCACAUGUUCACUUGCUUCAUUCAGUACCUGGUUCUCACUCCGACUUACAUCAACGUUCUCAACAUCUACGCCUUCUGCAACACUCACGACAUAACAUGGGGUACCAAGGGUGACGAUAAAGCCGAGAAGCUUGAAAGUGUCACGAUAAAGGCGGACGGGAAGCUUGACGUGGCGAUUCCGCAAGACGACGGUGAUCUGAAUGCUCAAUACGAUGCCGAAUUGCAGAAAUUUGCCACCAAGCCUCCCAAGGAAGUCAAGAAGGAGAAUCCUGCGGACAAACAGGAAGAUUACUACAAGUCUUUCCGUUCCAACGUCGUUACGGCAUGGAUGGUCACAAAUUUCAUUCUAGUCGCGGCAGUCUUGAACACGGCAGGGUUUGAUAGAAUCAAUACCAACGAUACGGAGCAACAGAACUCGACCAUAUAUCUGGCGGUUAUUCUGUGGUCGGUUGCUGGAUUGUCAUUGUUCCGGUUUAUUGGAGCUUGCUGGUUUUUGAUAGUGAGACUGUUCCGUGGAGUAUAA